GCGGCGGCGACGGCCGCGUCACUGGCGGGCGGGAUCCCUCCGCUCUGGGGAGAGCAGCGCUGGACGGUUGAGUUGGGGUGACUGAGGAAAUCCAUCCGCGUCGCCGCCGCUGCCGCCUCCGCCGCGGAGGAAGACAGGACCUCCCGCGCUCUUUUAGCGACCCUUCGCAGAGUCCCACCGCUACAGGCCUCGGGCCAGCGGCGAGGAGCUGCCUCCCCCAGCCCCCGUCCCGCGGCCCCCAGCCGCCCCCAACCCCGCCCCACGGGCCUGGCGCCAUGAGUGAGCUGGAGCAACUGAGACAGGAGGCUGAGCAGCUCCGGAACCAGAUCCGGGAUGCCCGAAAAGCAUGUGGGGAUUCAACACUGACCCAGAUCACAGCUGGGCUGGACCCAGUGGGGAGAAUCCAGAUGAGGACACGGAGGACCCUCCGUGGGCACCUGGCAAAAAUCUAUGCCAUGCAUUGGGGGACAGAUUCAAGGCUGCUGGUCAGCGCCUCCCAGGAUGGGAAGCUCAUCAUCUGGGACAGCUAUACUACCAACAAGGUCCAUGCCAUCCCGCUGCGCUCUUCCUGGGUCAUGACCUGUGCCUACGCGCCCUCAGGAAACUUUGUGGCCUGUGGGGGGUUGGACAACAUCUGUUCCAUCUACAGCCUCAAGACCCGUGAGGGCAAUGUCAGGGUCAGCCGAGAGCUGCCCGGCCACACUGGGUACCUGUCGUGCUGCCGCUUCCUGGAUGACAACCAAAUCAUCACCAGCUCUGGGGACACCACCUGUGCCCUGUGGGACAUUGAGACAGGCCAGCAGACGGUGGGUUUUGCUGGACACAGUGGGGAUGUGAUGUCCUUGUCACUGGCCCCCGAUGGCCGCACCUUUGUGUCAGGUGCCUGUGAUGCCUCUAUCAAGCUGUGGGAUGUGCGAGAUUCAAUGUGCCGACAGACCUUCAUCGGCCACGAAUCUGACAUCAAUGCUGUGGCUUUCUUUCCCAACGGCUAUGCCUUCACCACGGGCUCUGAUGAUGCCACGUGCCGCCUCUUUGACCUGCGGGCUGACCAGGAGCUCCUCAUGUAUUCCCACGACAACAUCAUCUGUGGCAUCACCUCUGUUGCCUUCUCGCGCAGUGGCCGGCUGCUGCUCGCUGGCUAUGAUGACUUCAACUGCAACAUCUGGGAUGCUAUGAAGGGCGACCGUGCAGGUGUCCUCGCUGGCCAUGACAACCGCGUGAGCUGCCUCGGGGUCACUGAUGAUGGCAUGGCUGUAGCCACAGGCUCCUGGGACUCCUUCCUCAAGAUCUGGAACUAAUAGCCCCAACCCCAACUGGGUCUGGCCAGGAGGGGCCCUGCCCAUGCCCACACUACAGGCCGGGAGCUUUGGGGCUGGGGGCAUACAACCCUCCCUCCCCAGGCCAUGGGGCCUUGGGUCCCUGCUCCCCUACCCAGGUUUGGUUCCUCCCGGAGGGGUCCCCACUGUGGAGAUAAAGAUGGGAAUAGAAUGGGGGGAAGAGGAGGGGCAGAAAGCCCUCAUCCUUUUGCUGCCCUGGAGUCAGGGCCUCAUCCCCCUGGAGGGCCAGAGGCAGGAGGUAGAAACUCCAGGGGCUGGAUUUUUUAAAACUGGUUUAAUUUUAAUUUUUAUUAUAUUUUCAGUUUUUCCAUAAAGGAACCAAUUCCAACUCUGUA